CCGUGUUGUCGGACGUUUCGUGAAACCCUGUGGGAGAAUUAAAUUCAAAGAGCCGAUUGUUUGGACAAUCCGUUGGUCACCCUUGGUCAUUCCCCCUUGACCCACGCGGGGUUAACGUUCAGGCAACAGCAAAUGACUUCUGCCCUGCUGAGAGCUCUUUUCAACACAAGACCUAGCGGCACAUGGUUGCAGGUGUUUUCAGGUGUGAGGUACUGUGGCACAGGUGGGCAGAUGUCGGCAGGUGGUGGGAGCUCAGGACGUACCCUGAUUGCAGUUUGUCAGAUGACAUCACGAUCUGACAAGGAGGACAACUUUCAGGUGUACUCUGGGUUGAUAGAGAGGGCAUCAACACGAGGAGCCAAGGUAGUGUUCCUACCAGAAGGUUUUGACCACCUGGGAGGAGGUGUUCCCCUGACAGUGUCUAUGGCAGAGACUCUGGAUGGAGAACUGAUGACCAGGAUUUCUGAGUUAGCCAAGAAGCAUGAUGUGUGGCUUUCCCUUGGUGGCUUCCAUGAAAAGGGAUCAGAAUCAGAUAGCAAGAGAGUUUACAACACCCAUGUUAUGAUGAAUAAUCAAGGUGCAAUAGUAGCCACUUACAGAAAGACACACCUGUUCUGUGUGGACAUACCUGGGCAGGUGAGGUUGAAGGAGACAGACUGGACCAUUCCUGGUGGGGAGGUAGUGGCACCUGUGCCCACCCCUGCAGGCAAAGUGGGACUGGCCAUUUGCUACGACCUGAGGUUCCCUGAGCUGUGCAUUUCUCUCGCCCAGAUGGGGGCCGACAUUCUUACCUUCCCAUCAGCCUUCACUCAGACUACAGGCAUGGCACACUGGGAGGUGCUGCUGAGGGCCCGAGCCAUUGAGAACCAGUGUUAUGUGGUGGCAGCAGCCCAGACCGGCGCUCACAAUGAAAAGAGGAGGUCCUAUGGACAUGCCAUGGUCGUUGACCCCUGGGGCUGCGUAGUGGCCUGUUGUCAUGAGGGAACAGACGUCUGUGUGGCAGAGGUUGACCUUGACUACCUGCACAAGGUCAGACGUGAAAUGCCAGUGUGGGAGCACAGAAGACAUGAUAUCUAUGGACACAUAGAACUCAAGACAUCAGACCAUACUACUGGGCAGGAGUUGUCACAGUAGCUUAAGCCUAUCACUGAUUAGCCUGGAUGCCAGACCCAUAGCACAC